GCUGAUAAUUUUGACAAUUGACAUAGGUUUUUUUGGUUUCAUCACUCGUCCGAACGAAAACAUUGUACGCAAAAAAUAACUUUCCUUAUCCGGAUUCGAAAGUUUUUUGCUUGUAUUUUGUUUUUGAAAUAAAAAAAACUGCAUCGAAAAUGCCGGAAGGUUCGCCAGCCCGUAAUGUGAUUCAGCGAAUGGUGAAUUCGGCUUGUGAAAUAUUGGAGGGGCCCGUUGUCUGGUUCAGAGAAACGAUUGUAACACCAAACCAAAAACAUUAUCCAUGGUAUCACCAAAAGUUCCAACGUGUUCCAACUAUUGACCAAUGUUACACGGAUGAUCCAUGCUGUUUCCAUGAAGCCAAUCAGCAGUUCCGACGCGAUAAAUUAGUCGACAAUGAAAUUUUGACCAUUUUGCGUCAACGUUUUGAAGAUUGUAUUGCUUAUGAAACACCGGAUCACAUAGAAAAAUGCACCCCACUUUGGGAUUACUAUAAAAAAGCCGAAGCGAAUUGGUUCUCCAAGUACGGUGAUUUAGGAUAUUAUGGCACUUCUGUAACUGCCUUAAUGAAACAAAAGCACCGAAUGAUUUGGGAACGUCGUCACGGAAAGAUCGGUUCAGGCCAAAAACAAAUUGAACCGGAAACCGAGUAAAGAAAAUCUUCUGGAAAUUCGUUGAUUCUGUGCAUGAACACGAAUAUAAUAGUGUUACUGAUGAAAUACAAGAACACUAGUAGAUCCAAUCUUUUGGUAAAGUUAAGAAACUAAAUAAAAAAAACCGAUAUAAAUUGAAA